GGGAGGAGCAUUCUGUUUCCGGUCACAGUCCCCCAGCUCUCUGUGGGGUUAAAGGCCGCAUCGAAGGCUUAAAGAAUGUAGCAGCUUAGCUACUCUGCCAGACAUAUAUUUCAUAAUUACUAAAUACGACAGCAGCUGUAUAAAAUAUCUUCUUCUGCACUUCAGCUCAGGACGCUUUCCGAGGCCUAUGUUUGUGUUCAGAGAAAGAAGUGGAACUGAGGGCACAUCCUGCAACACGAGGAUAGACCAGCCACGGGACUAACAGAUGAACAUGGCCGGUUUUGGAGAAGUGGACUCGUCGGUGAGCACCCCAGCUCCCUCCAAGCUGAAAGAGGAAGUGGACGAGGACCCCUGCAGCUCCGCCCCCGCCACCCCGGAGUGUGCCAUCUGCCUGCAGAGCUGCGUGCACCCCGUCUGUCUCCCCUGCUCCCACGUCUUCUGCUUCCUGUGUGUGAAAGGUGCCUCCUGGCACAGCAAGCGCUGCGCUCUCUGCCGACAGGAAAUCCCAGAGGACUUCUUGGAGCGUCCGGUUCUGCUCUCUCCCGAAGAGCUCAAAGCGGCGGCCGCAGGGCUGAGUCGGAGCAGCUGCGGGUCCCGCGGGGAGCACGCGUGGUACUACGAAGGGCGCAACGGCUGGUGGCAGUAUGACGAGAGGACCAGCCGAGAGCUGGAGGAGGCCUUUGUGAAGGGCAGGAAGAGCACAGAAAUGCUGAUCGCAGGCUUUCUGUAUGUGGCAGAUCUGGAAAGCAUGGUGCAGUACCGCCGGAACGAACACGGCCGCAGACGCAAGAUGAAGAGGGACGUUGUAGAUAUUCCUAAAAAGGGCGUGGCAGGGUUGAGGUUGGAGCCUGAACCCGUUCCCAUUCCUGCUGCAUCAGCUGCUGCUUCAGCAUCAACAGAGCGCGUGAGCUCAGCUGACGGCUCCGACUCUGCAGGCCGGUCCCAGUCGUCGUCCUUCGGGAUCAUGGUCCCCCUGCCCCCAGUCAGACCUCAAACACUCCUGGGUCGCCAUCCUAACAGCCCUCUUUCCCCUUCAGCWCUGGAACAGACUCUUUCUCAGCUCCUAAUCAGCCAGCCCGAGGAGGAUGAGGAGGUCGAGGACGAGCUGCAGGUGUACGAGUUUGCGUCUGGAAGCAGUGAGAGUGAAGAAGAGGAGGAGUGUGACGAAAGGCGAGAAGAAUCAGCAGCACAAAGAAGACUCAGGCAAAGACCCCUAAGAGAAAACCAGCCCACCAGAGUUCCUCCGAGAGGCAUGCCUUCCRGCUCUGUCCCCAGUCUCCGCUCUCGUAGUCCUGAUGGACAGUGCACCGUGACAGAAGUGUGACGGAACAAUAGUGUCUCAGCUACAGAAGACUCUUCUGGAGCUUUUAUCAGUUCAGCAAAAAUAAAGUUUAGAAACKAAUACUCAUCUUUUAGGUCUUAUGAAAGAAAUAAUACCUCUGCUGAAUUAUGGCGCGUGUCCAUGCAGAAGCUGUGCCAAAUGCUUUUAUUUAUUCGUCUUACUUAUUUGUCCUUCAAAGUAGGUUAAUCAAAGAUCUUGRUCCAUUUGAAUGUUGGUCUUGUUUUAUAGAUGGAUCAGUCAGCUCUGUGCACUAAAACUUUACCUUUAAAGACAGUUUGCAGCUUUACUUUUCUUGGUUUCUGCUCUACUGGCAGAAACGACCAUCUGCCAGGUUCUGAAGUAAACUCGUUUCCUUCAAAACUGGAUAGAAAAAUUAAAGCACUGAAGGGACUUUUAACACGUUCUAAAGCCUUUUUUUUAAAAGCUUUUAUUUUUUCCGACAAAAACCUUAAUCUGGUUCUGCAUCUUGUAGCAACAACUCUUCCAAAAAGCAGUGAAGUGCAGCUUUUGAAUGAUCCAUGUAGGUUUAGUUUGAAGCUUCUUUGUGUCUUAAUAAUUAUACAAGUAGGCAGUAAAAUGUCCUCUGAGACUAAUAAUGCAGGAUAUUUUAAUUUGGUUUGAUGUGCGACCAAUUCACCUACAGCUGGUAGUCCUCCAUCUUUAAAGUGCCCACAAGCAGGUCCUCUGAGUGAGGCAGCAGUAAGCAUCAGAUCCUUGCUCUGCAAGGUAAAUUUUGUGGUUUUCUGGUUGAUUUAUUGAGGAUUAAUGCUUUUUAAAAGUGCACUGAAAAACCUGCUUUGAUUCUCUGACAGCAACGUAAAGUGUUAAAAACAAWAAGAUCGAGCCGUUCUUUUAUUUGUUCUUCAGUCCAAAUGAGCUGAGGCAGCACAACAUAACUUCUUUAGAAUGAAAAAGUCGUAAAGUUUUUUUAUUAAUUUGGUUAGURCUUUUAGAAAUUCACAUUCCUCUUUGUUUUUAUUAAGGUGAAAAAAGCAUAAAUGUAGCACCUUAUAUCGAGAAAGUAAAAGUUUUUCUGCUGUAAUUUUUUUUUUUAGAUGAGGAUAAUGAGUCCCCUUAUCUGUGAUAUCUGUUUGAACUGGUGUGUGGGUUUGUGUGUACACAUUUUACAUUAGCUUAUAGUUGUGUGUACAUUUUUGCAUGGUUCAGGGGUUAGGUUUAAGGUAGUCUAUGAAAGUCCACACAAAGAUAGAAAUACAAGUGUGUGUGAGAGAGCACAUGGAGGCUGUACUCCCUCAGUUUUUGAGUGAAAGUCUUGUUUUAAUCAUGAAGCGUUUGUGCCGACWUGAAGAACUCCAGGUGCUGAAAAGCUACUGGCCGAUCCACUGGAAAGAGUUGGUUUAWAUGAGCAGAGAGACUCAUUUGGAUUCUUUUUUUGUUUUGUUUUGUUUUUACUAAAUCCUCUUAACAACCGCUAUCAAAGCAGCAUCAUUCUUGAAUGAGCUCCGGCUAUUUUGACACAUUCACAUUCUUUUUACUUCUGCUGUUUUUUUCACCGUCAUCUCGCUUCUUUGUAAAAAAAAAACUUUAAAAAUUAUUUAAAAAAACAUUUGUAUGUGUAUGUUUUUCUUGUGUCAAUCUAUUAAAGUUUAUCAGUGAUUUAAAA